UAAUGAUCAAUUAUGUGUUAGUGUAAGGUGUUAAAAAAUUAUGCGUUAAAAUAUUUUUUUAAAAUUAACUGAUAUUAACUUUUAAACGGCAUUUUUUAUUCUGCAAUAAGUGCACGAAAGUUUUUCAAAUAAACCGUUUAAUAAUGGCCAUAAGUGGCGUGUUUUUUAAAAAGAAAAAAGAUAGAAACUUGGAAUAUACUGGUAAUACGUCAGAUGAAAUAAUUCCGAAGUUUGUACAACCGGUCGGUGCGUUUUCUAGACCUGAUCAAGAGCUUUCACCAGGCCUGGAUACAAUGACGGUACUAAUCAUCGCAGGCGGAUCGUGCUUCAUUGUCAUUUCACUAAUUGUCAUGUUUUUCUUGAUUAGAAAGAACAGGGGGCUCCCCAUGCUUCCGACGUGUCUGUCAAAGAAAGAGACUGCCAUCACUGAUAACAGAGCAACAAAAAAAAAUGCAGCUCAGAAGAUGGCUGACAUAAAAAUAGAAAACCUCCAAGAUUAUAUUGAUGAAUGCAAAUUGAAGGGAAUUUUUGUCUCUGAAUUUGAGAAACUGCCAGAUGAUGAUGUACGCUCGUGUUUUGAAGGCUCUAAACCAGAGAAUGCUGACAAAAAUAGAUUUGCUAAUAUAUUACCAUUUGACGAUACAUUAGUGAAGCUGCUACCUGAUGAUGGGGAUGAUGACAAAAGUGAUGACGGUCAUGAUAAUAGUGGCGUGGAAGGAGAUGGUGGUGAUGGUAAUAGUUCUAAGAAGAGCUCCCAGUAUAUAAAUGCUAGUUUUAUUAAAGGUUAUAAGAAGCAAUCAAGAGCCUAUAUAGCUACUCAGUAUCCUCUGAUGUCAACGUUCACUGAUUUUUGGAGGAUGGUUUGGCAAAGGGAGGUUAACGUCAUCAUCAUACUAACUCCACUCAUUGAAGAGCCAUCUAAAUGUGAUCAGUACUGGCCGGAAAACACCAAAGAGCCUAAAUUGAUCGAACCAUUUUCCAUUACCAUGAUUGCAGAGGAAACUUUCAGCCAUUACAUACUAAGGCGUCUGCUCCUUCAGCACUCUAAAUUUCCAGACGACUCAGGCAGGUCGAUAAUUCAACUGCACUACAUUUCAUGGCAUGAUAAGUCGUCCCCUCGAAGUGCAGUUUCACUUUUAAAUUUCAUUUCCGUCGCCAGAUACCACAGGCAGCAGCAGAGGUGUCCACCGCAGAAAAAGAUGAAAUUCUUGAGUCCCUUGCUGGUGCACUGCAGUGCCGGUGUAGGUCGUACUGGCACAUACGUAGCACUCGAUUACCUGCUGGAUCAGAUGAUUCGAGAAAACCAGGUUUCGGUUUUUAACUGCGUUUGCACCUUGAGGAAACAAAGAAUGUGCAUGGUUCAAGUCCAGGAGCAGUACGACUUCAUAUAUAACGCUAUAAACGAGGCCUCUGUACUUUUUAACACCGGUGUUCCUUGCGGCGACUUCUUGCGACACUUCUGUAGCAAGGACAGCGGCUACUACAGAGAUGGAUACAACAUUGAUCCGAAAUUAAAAACUGUCUCACAGCAAUUCGAUUUACUGGAGAAAUUGAGGAAGAUGAAACCGAAGAAGUUCAUGGCUAGCAACAGCAGCUUUAAAAAAGAUAGCACUAGCCUAAUUAAUGUUACUACUAUUGAUGGCUACAAGCUGAUGGAUGAAUUUUCAAUGACCACAGCCCCAUCUAACGACGCCUCUAUCUGUGGUCUUUGGAAGUUUAUCAUGAAGCAGAGGAUUAAAUUUCUGAUUCUAUUAGAAAGUCCAUCUAAAAUACCCAAGAUUUUCUGGCCUAGUAAAUUUUCAUUGCUGUACGAUUCGAUAGAGGUGUCCGUUAAGAGCGAAUCAAAAGAGUUUGAGUGCCUCAUGGUCAGGCAUUUUGACGUCACCGAAACGGGAAACAAGUACAUAGAACCGCUGACGGUGACACAGUUUGAGUUGAUUGGCUCAGUUUGGAAGAGUGGGUCACCGAUUCCAACCAAUAACAAUCAAUUGUUGAAAGUGAUCGACAGGAUAAGCAUGUCAUCCAUUGACAAGUUUAUGCUAAUUUGCAAUGAUGGUUUCAGUAGGUGUGGCCUGAUGGCGACUUGCAUGCACAUGAUCGACAUGAUGAAGGCUAGUAAAUUAGUGGACCCCCUGCUAGCUUCACGCUACGUAAUCUCUGGCCGUCAACAGGCCAUCGGCACGUUGGAAGAGUUUCGAUGGCUGUACAGUUUAGCAUCUGAUUAUAUGCAAAUGAAAGGGCCUUCUUCAUGAUUAUAAAGUAAUAUAAAUAAUAGUAUGAAUAACUUUAAUUAAUUUAUAAUAAUAAUUAAUAUAAUUAAUAAUAACCAUAGUAAUAAAUAGCGAAUAAUUAUAAAUAUACAUGAGUGAUUUUAUUUGUUACUAAACGAAAACUCAGUAAAUGUGAUUAUCAUUACAGCUCGACAUCAUCAACAUGCUCAUUCUUUUUAUUAUUAUAAUUAUUAUACUCAUUAUAAUUGAUUUUAUUAUUAUUAUUGAUAUUAAUAUUAUGACGUCAUUGUUUAUAAAUAUGCCACGCUACCGUACAGCUACAUGUGCUACAUAUGUACGUGUUAUACUUUUGUGUGUGUGUAUAUAGUUGUAGGGAGGAACAACUGCAUAAUUUAAUGAAUUAUUUACACACACACACAUAUAUAUAUAUAUAUAUAUAUAUAUAUAUAUAUAUAUAUAUAUAUAUAUAACAAUAGAUUUACAUUUCAACACAAUAUUAUUCCACAUAAGACAAUGAAUUAAAUAGAAGAUGUGUGACAGAAGGUUUAAAAACGCUUCAAUAAAAGACAAACAUACGAAAUAAUUUCAAUAUACUGUGUGUGUGCGUGUCUGUGUGUGUGUGCGUGUCUGUGUGUAAUACGCUGAACAACAAAAGCUAUAUAACCGAAUAAAUAUUAAUUUAAGACGCACAAAUAUUUGAACAGCUCAAAUUCAAUAACUAAAUUUAUUUAAACUGAUAAAUGAAAGAAAUAAAUUAUUUGUAUAAAAUAUUGUUAUCAAUAAAACAUACUUCAGUUUAUAGUGUAAACGAAAGUUGAGUAGAAAAUCAGAAAAUAAUUUGCUUAGUUUUAAUUUAUGCAAACGGAGGCGGGUCUAAAAUUGUAAUGAGCCAAUCAGGAAUCAAAUUUCUGUUUUAAAAAAUUUGCAUAUGCAAAUGUCAAUCAAAGAAGUCAUGUUUUUGCUAUGAUUAUUAUUAUUGCUACAAUUGAUAAUAAUU